CCCUUCCCCCCCUUCUUCGAAGAAUGAAUCCAUGGCGUUGCUUUCUCUCCGCUUCCUCACAAUCAAAUCCCCCUUUCAUGCUGCUUCCACACUUUCUCCGGUGUAGUCUCUGCUCACCUCCUUCUCCUCCUUCUCUUCUUUCUCUGUUUCUCUCGCUUGCUUGCGUUUCUUCUUCUUCUUCUUAUGAAAGGCUGCUGCUCUUGCUUCUGAAUUAUCUUUCUACCGAAUGCUCCGACGCCUCUCGCGAGCGGGUUCAGUGGCAUUGAGAGGAGUUUCGCGCCAUGGCGUCGUCGCUGCUGCACGUCACCGCCUCCAAUUGCUCCACUCCCUCGUGUUCGUCACGGGUGCGGAGUCUGUUAGGUAGCUCGACAGGUGAAGUUGCUGGUAGGGAGCUGGUAACUGUUUACUAUGGAUCCCAUCAGCCUCGAAAUUUAUCCACUACAAGGCAUAGUAUAGGAGAUCCACACGCAGAAUUAAUCGUUGAAACUUCAAAUGAGGAAACGUCGAAAGGUAAAACUAGAGAGAAGUUCUGUAGGGGUGGAGGGGCCGGUGGACGCCAGCGUCUCAAAGCUCGUGGGAGUUCUCGCGUAGCUAAGGAAGCCUCCAAUACUUCAUAUACGCCGAAGUUGGAAUGGCUGAAGCAGGAGGGUGUAGAUCUUACCAAUGAGUGUAUAAUUGAAGAAGAUGAGUUAUGCUCAAGAUCUGCAUCAGGCUUAUUAAAAUUACAACAAACAAUAUGGCGCAUCAACCGGUCCAUCAGUCGGUGUUCGUCUCUAUCAGAAGCUUUGGAAGUUGUAAACGAGAUGAAAGCAGCUGGUGUUAAUGCUGCCAAUGAAGGAACUUAUUUGGCGCUGAUUACAGUUUGUAGACGACAACAAGAAGGAGAUCGCGCUUUGAGCAUUUACGAGGCAAUGAAGGAUGCGGGGGUGAUACCAAGUGUACUUACUUAUAAUACUCUUAUUUCGUGCUGUCAACAAGCAAAACGUUUAGAAGAUGCUUAUCGAAUCAAGGCGGAAAUGGAAGCAUCAGGUGUAAAACCAGAUGUUGUGACAUACACUGCUCUCAUGGCCUUAGUUGUUAAAACAGGGCCUUAUCGGGGUCGGUCCUCACCUGCACAACGGCUGGAGAAAGCCUUACAACUAUAUCAAGAGAUGCAAGAUCGAAACAUUCGCCCAGAUUCCAUUACAUAUAAUACACUCAUGUUUGCUGGUGCGCAGGCGAAGGUGCCAGAAAAAGUGUUGGAAAUCUAUCGUACGAUGGUUGCUGCUGGAGUUCCACCUGACCAAUUCACUUUUAGCUUUAUUCUAGAAUCAGCAGCAGCUGGGGGCCGGCUGAAGGUGGCACUCGAGGUCUUUGAAGAAAUGCGUGCAGCUGGGGUGGCCCCAAAGACCAAUACGUUCAAUUUCCUUAUUGAAGCAUGUGCAUCAGCUCCUUACCCUGAUGCAGAGAAAGCAUGGGCGUUGUUCGAAGAGAUGAAGACAAUAGAGGGUGUAGUUCCAAAUGCUCAAACUUAUAAUCAUCUUAUUACAGCCUCAUGCAAAGGAGGAGACAACGCAAGAGCUUUGAAAGCUUACGAACUUAUGUGGAAUUCGGGCUAUCAAAGGGCUGUGACAACUGCCACAUUCAACAAGCUCAUCCAAUCUGCCAGCCAAACAGAGGGUCUCGAAAGUGCUCUAAAGAUGUACAGAAAAAUGCUGGAUGCAGGCUACAAGCCUGAUGCCAUCACCUACAGCACUCUGGUGGUGGCUUGCAAUAGGGCGGAUGAUCUUGAACAAGCUCUCUCCAUCAGUCAAGAGAUGGAGGGAUUAGGUGUCAAACCCAAUCAGGUGGUGCAACAUUCUCUUAUUGCAGCUUAUGGACAAGCAGGUCAAUGGGAAGAUGCUGUAGCAACUUUUAGAGUUCUACAAGAAGGGGAGGAGCAACUGACCUCAGUGUCAUACAGCAUCAUCUUUGAUGCAUGCUUUGGAAAAGGAGGAGCUGAAGCAGUUUUGAAGAGGACAAAGCCUGGAAAGCUAGAAAUUCAUCCUGGUGUCGAAGCUGCAAUUGGCUUAUAUAAUGAGGCAUCAGAAUUCGGGUUUUUCACAAAUUUUACACAAGCUGACCUUGCCAGGUGUGAUGUGCGGACAAUGAGUAUAUCAGGGACCGUGGUAGCAAUUCUGGCCUGGCUUUUGAUCAUUGGGCAGGAGCCUCCGGCCUUGGAUCUGACUAUCAUUACAGGUGUGAAGAAGAAUACGACUGGAGCAAAGCCGCGGAAGGUUAGGUACACAAAGAAUCACAGUAUUGCUCUGAGCACACUUGAAGCUGUAGGAUUGCCAUGCAAUGCAUUGAACACUGCUACAAUGCAGGUAUUGACUGUAAGUGCAGCUGAUAUUAAACGAUGGCUUGAUGAUGCACUAGGGGAACAUAUUGAUACUCCUGUGGUGGAGGAGGUAAUUGCAGGCAACGGAUUAUAAUGACCAUUCAUGUGCAGAUUUCUUCAUCGGAAUUCUUAAUCUUAUUAUAGCAAAUGAGUUUCGGAAUCUUGUUUUCUUUUUUCUUUUUUAAAAUUGUAGCAAUGUAUUUGUAAAACGAAACCUAAAAAAUGGGUUGAUUGAGCCCCUUCUUUUAGCUAAUGAAUGCGGACGUUUUUAGAGAUAGAUAUGGCUGUUUUUGGAGUUCUUAGAAAGUGGAUUCGAAGCAAAACCUCACCUCUAAACGUCUAGCUGUUGGCUUUCUAUUCAAAGGAAGAUUUUACAUAUUUUUAUUCUUAAAAUCCUCAGAUUUAUCUGUUCUCUUGUUUGAAUAAGGAAUUAUAUUUCAGGUUAUUGACC